UGUCGCUGGUAGAGCCGCUAAAACUGUUAAGCGCCAGAAGGGGCGUAUCCCUAUGGGACGCCGUGCCUCCAUUUUGAGAGCCUGCCACGCCUUGGACGGCAUCCAGUGCUACUCGCCGGCUACGCAAACGGGGAAAAAAACUCGACGCUUUGCAACCCUGUCGGCCACCGAUGAACGUGGCCAUUGCAGCUCACGCUGAUUCUAGUAUUGAUAUUCGCAUUAGAUAUCUUGUGUUUGAUCGGUAUUUCCGUGCAUCGUCAACUGGCUGGAAUGAAGGCUGAAGAUUAUCGGAACAGCGUCUUCUCGGCUAAACGUCUUGAAUCGUAGAGGUAUUUCAAUGUAGAGGGAAGCUGAUCGACGUUUUGGACAGAGUUCAGAUCAGAUCAGAUCAGAUCAGAUCAGCUCAGCUUAGCUUGGUGCGCGUGUCUGAGUGUGUAUCGAAUCGGCGCAAGUGUAAAUGUGAUAGAGGAAUCGUACGAUCGUGCGCUAGAAGCAACUUUAUUACUGAAAGGUCCCGUUUUUCAAGCGGAGCGAUAAUUGGGAGACGAACAUUUUGAAGAAAAAGGAAUAUCACAAAAGCUGUUACAAUGAAUAAAGGAACUUUAGCCCUAAAGAUGGUGGCUUUCGGGAUCAAUUUGGUUAUUUGGUUACUUGGUCUCGUGCUUCUCUUCGUUGGAGUCUGGGUUCGAAGUGACCCAAAUUUUUGGGAAUUUCAGAACAAUCUUCCGUUGGAAAACUACUACACUGCUUGCUACCUCUGUAUCUACGCGGGAGCAUUGAUGCUCGUAAUCAGUUUUAUGGGCUGCGUUGGAACGUUUAUCGAUAGUCCCUGUAUUCUUUGGACCUAUAUGGGCUUCAGUGGCUGGUUUAUUGUAAUUGAAUGCAUUAUAGCCGGACUCGUCUGGCAGAUACCCAGCGGGGAAGCGAUUCGAGACGACAUGGAGCAAGAAAUUAAAAAGCGACUUUUGAGCAUACAUGAGAACCCGGAUGCUCGUCGUUUCAUGGACCUUCUACAGAUCCACGUGGAGUGUUGCGGCGCCGUAUCGAAGAAUGACUAUACAGACAAUUCGCUUACGAUUCCGCAGUCGUGUUCGAACUAUCGAACUAACAACGUCCACAUUUACGGUUGUGGUGAGAACCUGCGAGUGACCUUGCAGCGAACAGGCGCCUCCCUUGGAGGCGUUUCAAUGGCACUUGUAUUUGUACAGCUGAUAUCGCUCUCCGUAAACUUCCUGCUUCUUGUCAACCUCCAGGAAGAAUACGGUCCAAAAAUCUAUUGAAAUGAAGAUGUACGCACAAAUUGUCAUGCACCACUUGGCUAUUUAUCGUUUCGAUCGACAGAUUCUAUUCUACCAACUAAGUACAUCGCUGGGCCAUUAAGCACCCAAACUGAUCGCAAAUCUGAUAACACCGGACUAACAGCACAAUUUUAAGCCCUCUAUCCUAAUACAAUAACUUGAUAGUAAAUCAUCCAGCUUUGUAGAUUAACGAUGCGUUAAAGCUAUAAUGACAUUUACACGAACAUGUCGCCAAAAUUCAUCAAGCCACGAUCGAUCAACAUACAUACAACAGCCUGGUUCUUCAACAGUCUGUCGCCUAGAGCACUUUCAUUUAUUCUUCAGCCUCAUAUCUUCCUAUACGCACGUAUAUUAAUGACGGUAUUCACAUAAUUUCUGUUGGCUUCUAUGGACUAUUUUCGCAUAAAUUCUGCACAUUCUACAGAAGAGCUGAUUGAGUCAUUAUUGCUAUCCGUAUCAUACAUGUAAAUAUGCCAUAGAUUUCAUUUUCCGUUUAUUCAAUAACAGCGACAACUAUAUAUAUAUAUAUAUAUAUGUGAACUUAUAUUUGUACCGAAGAAAACAGUGACACACGUCACCACAUUGCAAGGCAG